AUGCGCGGCCAUUGCUGCGGCUUCCGGCGGGUCUGGGGCGGCUGUGGCGUCACUAUGGAGCGGUUUGGGCCGGGGUCUGUGAGCGCCGUGCCUGUAGCCGAGUUCAGGCCAAAUGAGGGUUCAUUAACAUCAACUUUAAGAAUGCUUCUGUUCUUCUCAGCUCUAAUGAUUACAUUACCUGUUGGGCUAUAUUUUUCAUCAAAGGCUUAUGUAUUUGAAGGUUCCUUGGGAAUGUCUGACAGAGACAGCUAUUUUUAUGCUGCCAUAGUUGCUGUAGUCACUGUCCACGUGGUACUUGCUCUCUUUGUUUAUGUAGCCUGGAAUGAGGGUUCACGGCAGUGGCGCGAAGGCAAACAGGACUAAAAUGAAGAUCAUCAGUGUCUGAUGUCCAUAGACCGUAAAUCAGAUUUUUUGUGAGCUAAAGGAAAAGCAUUCUUCCAAAUGUGUAAUACACAUGCACAAAGAGGAGGCUGAUGCCUCAGUUGUGGUUAAAAUAAGACUUGUGCUCAUCUUGACUGUGUACUGGUGUUUUCUGUAAUGGUGAUGGAAGUUGUUCUUUAGCCAGCUUCUACUGUGUUGAGCUGAGGAGGCCUUCACUUCCAUUAAAAUGGAAUGAUUAUGUACUUUUGAAAACUCCUGUAGGAGUUUUGCCAUGCCUAGUAUUUUUCUGGGUUGCUCUGAAAAUAGUAUUGGCAUGAAGCAAGCAUUACAUUUUCAAGGAAUUAAAUUGCUGCUUAAAAAAGGUACAUUACUUACUAUCCAGCUACAGUGGAAAAUAAGGAAUUUCACUUUGCUGUGAAUAGUUUCCUGAUUUAUAUGUGUUGUGGUGUAACCCUAGCCAGCAAUUAAGCAUCAUGCAGCUGCUCACUCAGUGUGACCCCUCAGUGGGAUGAGAGGGGGGAAUCAGGAAAGCAAAGUGAGAAAACUCAUGGGUCAAGACAAAGACACCUUAAUAUGUAAAGCAAAAGCUGCAUGCAUAAGUGUGUUGGUUUUCACUACAAAUUCAAACCACAGUCCCAUGGUAGCUAUUUUGAAGAAAACUACCUCUAUCCCUACCCAAACCAACACAGUGGGAUAGGCGUAAAUGAUCUAUUUCUGUGUUUAGAAGUAAUUUCAAAACCAGAAUUGUUUAGAAACUCAGGUGAUGUCUUUCUAAUGUGUAAGAUGUAAAUGUAAUUUUUUUUUCAAAUAUGUUUUUUUAUUGCAGUGUAAAAUUCAGUCUAUAAUUUCCUUUUGGCAGGACUGUGGUAUUACGCACUGCUUAUCUUUCUCCUCUUUACAGUUUGUCCUGAUAAUGCAAAGGAAAGUGCAUAGAAUAUUUUUGUAUUUCUUUAGACACGUUUGUAUCUCCUUGAUAUUUGCUAAAGCGUGCAGUUGGAUUUCCUAUGGUAAAGCAGUGUCAGUAACAUAAGCUGCUGUAAUGGCUGGUGGGGGAAGGAGCAAGAGAAAACAAGCUGCACUUGUCUGCAGAGAUGUCCUUUAUGAAGCAGAGGACACAAAAAUGACCACAUGGAAAAUUGGCUUCUCUUCAUAACUACUUACUUGUAUACUUUGAAAUUAUACAAUAUGUUGAUUGUUUUCUUUUUUCCUUGGUUGCGCAUAGCUCCUGUAGUCAAACCUUAGUGAGAUUUUUGUGUUGUAAGAGAACAUGAAUUUCAUUCCAUUGCUGUGCUGUUGUUGGCAAGCUUUUUAAUCUCUGGCUGGAGCAUUUUUCUUAAAGUUCCAGUAAGGUAAACUUUCUUAACCCUGAUGAUGGCUGUUAAGCUGUUGUGCUUGAGGUCAUUCUGCUAAUCUGAAUUUUCCAGUUUCUUGUAUUAGUUUAGCCUUUCUUGUAAGUGUUUUGCUUGGCAUGGUUUUGGUGCUGCACGUGUCUUUGGCAAAACUUAUGUAUAAAUGAGGGAAAAAUUGGUUAUCAUUACCCAGUUGAGAAUUAUGUUCCCAAGCCUCAUUCCUGUCUUGUCCACCCCAGUCCCAGGUGUGCACAAGCAUAUGCACCAUGGCACACUGAUGCACUUCAUUCCUGCUGUGUUACCUUUUCUCAUCCAGAGCCCUGUUAUCAGGUUGCUGCUGGCGAACUGGAGAAUCUUCUCGGAGUAUUUGAAGUGCAAUGUUAGUUUGUACAUGGGCAUACUGGCUUCCUGUUCUCCAGUAUAUGAAGUGUACAUUGUGGAACAAAUACUGCCUUUUAAUAAAGACCUACCCUGCAAUACAAGAUCCAGGAAACAA